AUGUCCUAUGCAACUCCAUCUCAGAACAAUAUCACUGUUGGCCUGGGACUUCUGGAGAGGGUGAUGCUUUCUACCCUGACAACAGUGCCCUGCUGUAUAUUUCUCUUCAUUAAUGGCACCAUGUUGUUCACCUUGAGGAGUAAAUCUGUGUUUUGUGAGACCUCCCGUUACGUUCUUCUGUAUAACCUCCUUUUUGCAGACACUGUCCAGAUGGCACUGAGUCAGUUACUGUACAUACUGUCUUCUGGUAGAAUAAGACUGACAUAUCCUGUGUGUGGACUUCUAGUCAUGCUCGCCAAUCUCACAAAUGAAGUCUCUCCUCUCACGCUGGUGGUGAUGUCUCUGGAGAGAUAUGUAGCUGUGUGUUACCCACUGAGACAUGCGACCAUCGUGACCAUCAGAAACACAGGAGUGGCUAUUAUUGUGGUUUGGACCUUUUGUUCACUAAAUGUCCUCACUCGGGUUCUCUUACUGUUGAAUUUUCCAUUUGAAAACUUGGAGAGCCUGCAGAUGGAACAAUUGUGUGGUACACUUAUCAUGUUUCUUGAAACAACGUCUGAUCUUUAUGAUAAAGCCUACACCUGUUUUCUGUUUGUAUCAGCUGGUAUGGCAGUCAUUUCCUCCUAUGCUGGUGUGAUGGUAGCAGCCAGGUCAGCUUCCACAGACAAAGCUUCAGCACAAAAGGCUCGUAAGACACUGCUGCUGCAUCUGGUGCAGCUGGGCCUCAGUCUGUCCUCAACCAUACACAACCCAAUGCUCAUAGCUAUCUCAAAAGUUGUAAAGAGGAUAGAUCUUGUGCGCAUACAGAACAUUUUGUAUGUGUGUAUCAUCCUUUUACCCAGAUGUCUGAGUGCUCUCAUCUAUGGACUCAGAGACCAGACUAUCAGACCCGUCCUUGUCCACUAUUUAUGCUGUCGACUGACACGUCCCAGUUAA